UAGUAGGUAACAACUAACCUUCUUCUGAGAGAGAUAGAGCUGAAAAAAAAAAUGGUGGUUUCUAAGUCAAUGUUAGCAGUGCUAACAAUGUUAGCCAUGUUAAUUGCUGUAACAUCUCUUUUGAGUGUGGUCGAUGCUGAAGAACAAAUAAUCCUGGAUGGCGAGGAACCGCUAACCACCUUCACAGAUGGUCCGGUGGAUAAUAAGGCUAAAGCAUGUUGUGAUAGUUGCUUGUGUACGAAAUCGAUGCCACCACAAUGCCAGUGCACUGAUCAGAAGAAAAAGUGCUACCCAGGAUGCAAGGCGUGUAGAUGCACCAAAUCUUUCCCUCCAACAUGCCGUUGUAUGGAUAUCAAUGACUUCUGUUAUCCACAAUGUUCUCCUCCUCCAUCACCAUCAUCCAGUAGUUGCAGUCCAGACUGUAAAAUGUGUUUAUGCACAAAAUCAUUGCCUCCAUCAUGCUUCUGCAAGGACACACCAGCACCAACGCUAUCAUCUGAUAAGUGCAGUGACGAUUGUUCGGUGUGCAGGUGUUCAAUGGACGACCCUCCUAAUUGCACUUGUAUGGACGCAUAAUUUUAAAGACAAACUUGUUUCUGUAUGGUGACCGAGGUCUAAGGUUGCAGGUGAUGAAGUAGUAGUUUUAGUUUGCUUGGUAGAGUAGGAAUGAACGAACUUCAAUGUCGUGACAAUAAGAUUAUGUACCGAUCAAGAGUAGCAUGUAAUUCUCAAUAUGCUUGAGAUUAUGUAUACUACUUCUUGAUUAAUAUUUCAAUCAGUUUCAGUCGAUUAGUUUAGUACAAUGUAAGUGUUCAAACAGCCAGCAUUGUACUAGUUUAGCACAAUGCUGCGCUCUAUAGCUAAUUAUAAUGUAGUGUUUGAGUAUCUGUUAAUGUUUCACCGGUGGAUUUAUCUUUUCA